AUGAGAGGAGACGAGGCAAGGGCAAUUGAUGGAGUAGAGGGGAAGCUGAGGAAUCAGAAGCUUUCUGAGGCAGAAAAGAAAGGUAUAAGAAUCAUCACUCAAUUGACUAGUUCAUCCGCUACAGGGAAGCUAAAAGCAGUAGGUAAGCUACUGUCUGAUAGACCUGCAAAAGCGGAGCAUGUGUCAAGAACACUAAGGGAAGUAUGGUGUCCCUUCACGGGAGUGGAUUGCAAAGAGUUAGGAAGGAACCGAUUUCUGUUUUCGUUCCAUGAUGAGGCGGGGAAAAGGAAGGCUUUGAACAAUGGACCUUGGAGAUUCAAUAAGGAGCUGUUGGUUAUGGAAGAUUUCACACCAAGCAAGACCAUCGAUGAGUAUGAAUUUAAGAAGAUUCCGAUCUGGGUUAGAGCAUAUGAUGUUCCUUUAGGAGCAAUGUGCAGAGAAACAGGAGAGUUGAUAGGAAAACAGGUAGGAGAAGUGUUGGAUGUGGAUCUUGAUGAAAAUGAUUCAGCAAUGGGGGAGUAUAUGAGGAUCAAAGUACGCAUAGAUAUCACAAGUCCGUUGAUGAGGUUUUUCACACUUAUUAUUGAUGAAGAGGAAGAGUAUGAGCAAGAAAGGGAGGAGAUGGAAGAGGAAGAGAGUGAUGUAGAGAAGAAGAAGAAAGAAAAGACGAAAGUUAUCACUUUUAGAUAUGAACAUCUCCCCGACUUCUGUUACAACUGUGAAAUCAUUGGUCACAAUGAAAGAGCCUGCCCAACAAAAGGUGCGAAAGCAGAAGGAAGACAAUUUGGGGCAUGGAUGCGUGCUGUAAUAUUUAAGGGCGGUUCUAGUGAAGAGGGGAGGAGCAAGAGCUCAAGCGAUCGUAGUAAUUUUUGGAGGAGUAAUAGCGCAGGUAGUAAAGGUAGCGACGGUCCUUCAUGGCGCAAAAAUCUGUCAAGUACAGAGGGUGAUGAGAAAAUUAAUAGGGGAGAAGGAGGUGAUACCAGCCCACUCAAAAUCACACUAGAUGAUCAAACAAAAGUUACAGGGGGCAAGAAACUAGUAUAUGAUGAGAGGAACUCUGAAUCUUUUUCAAAAAAGGAACAUAAAGAAGGAUUUGAGUCUGAAGUGACUAAUGAGGCAACAGUACAAUCAUGCCAACGGGGCGACAGUGAGAGGGCUCAUGACGGAAGAGGUAAAAAUGUCCAGAGUGAAGAAAAAGAAAAUAUGGUGGUACAAAAGUCAGAAACAAAUGAGAAGCAUAAUACAUUCAUAAGGGUGAAGAAACCCAAAGGGAAGCAGCAUAGUGUUCCUGUUGUUGUGGGAACCAAGAAAAGGAUUGCCGAAUACAUGGAGUUUGAUGAUGAGGUGGAAUUUUUUAAGAAGGCAAGGAUGGAGGUUGAUGGCGAAGAAGAGGAAGAAGCUAGUGCAAAACAAGUUGCAGAAGGAAAAAGACCAGAGGGUGGAAGCGCUGGGCUGCAGGGACAGCCCGGCGAGUCAAAAUGA